GAAUGACAUUGACAGGUUGACGGGUGUGAGCGGUGACACAUCAACCCAACAUAAAUAUACCAUUGAUAUUUGGAAAGGCUGCCCGAAAAUCCAAAAAUAUCGCCCUGAUCGGCAGUCGUUUGCUAAUUACAAGAAUAACGGAAAGUGUCACAGACCAUCGUUGAAAUGGCGGAAGCCGAUAAACUAAAUAUCGACUCCAUCAUAGCCCGUUUAUUGGAAGUGCGAGGUGCCCGACCCGGUAAGAAUGUCCAGCUUACCGAAAACGAAAUCCGGGGCUUGUGCUUAAAGUCGAGGGAGAUUUUCCUCAGUCAGCCAAUCCUAUUGGAAUUGGAAGCCCCCCUGAAAAUAUGUGGCGAUAUUCACGGCCAAUACUACGAUCUGUUGCGUCUGUUCGAGUAUGGUGGCUUUCCUCCGGAAUCAAAUUAUUUAUUUUUAGGUGACUAUGUUGAUCGUGGAAAGCAAUCUCUUGAAACAAUAUGCCUCUUGCUGGCCUACAAAAUCAAAUAUCCAGAGAAUUUUUUCCUUCUUCGCGGCAAUCAUGAGUGCGCUUCCAUCAAUAGGAUCUACGGUUUCUACGACGAAUGUAAAAGAAGGUACAACAUUAAACUGUGGAAGACUUUUACGGACUGUUUCAACUGUCUUCCAGUAGCUGCUAUAGUAGAUGAGAAGAUCUUCUGUUGUCAUGGAGGUUUAAGUCCAGAUCUGCAAUCAAUGGAACAAAUAAGGAGAAUAAUGCGGCCCACAGACGUACCUGACCAAGGACUGUUAUGUGAUCUGCUCUGGUCUGAUCCCGACAAGGAUCAGUUGGGUUGGGGAGAAAAUGACAGAGGUGUCAGUUUCACUUUUGGAGCCGAAGUUGUCGGGAAAUUCCUUCACAAACAUGACUUCGAUUUAAUCUGUCGAGCACAUCAAGUGGUGGAAGAUGGAUAUGAAUUUUUCGCGAAACGACAACUGGUUACUCUGUUCAGCGCGCCCAAUUACUGCGGCGAAUUUGAUAAUGCGGGAGCCAUGAUGUCGGUCGAUGAAACCUUGAUGUGUUCGUUCCAGAUACUGAAACCGGCAGAUAAAAGGAAAUUCCAGUACAAUAUGAAUUCGGGCAGGCCGGUGACGCCGCCCCGCGGUGCCACCAACAAAAACAAGAAAAAAUGAGACAAUUUUUGGAUCACUCUAGGUUAGGCGAAUCAAUAGGCUGCAGCCUUAUCCGUUGUUGUUUUUUUCAUUAGGGGAGUUCUCGUUUCCGCUGCGUCUCUAACUGUGUCAAGAGUCUAUCGAUUUCAUCACAUUUUAACAGUCUCAUCGUUUUUAGUUCACUAACAUUUGGCAUCUGCCUCAAGGUUUUGCUGCAUUUGUUAACAAUUUGCUGAUGUUCCAUUCCAAAGUGUAUUAAUUUUAUUCAAAUCUACAUUCUUUCACUUGACAAAACUUGUUAUUCUCAAGCUUGUUUCUAAAUGUAUUUUUAUCAAACACUUGCAAUAGACUCGUUACAAUAUUUCAUUGUACAUUUUUAUUUUUUAUCCUUGCGAAGACGUAUUUAAUUUAAUUUUCGGCUUUCGGAUCGAUGGGUGAAAUACGGCUCAGAAAUUGUAGAGAAAAUAGUUGUUUAUUGUUGUGUCCCCUCCAAGUUUUACUGUAUUAAUAAGGUAUUACUCACCUUUAAUCCGGUGAUAGUCUGGAAACCUGCAAACAAACAAUGAGCGCGUUGCAUAAAAAAUAAAAAUGUACGUUUGACACGGAUCGGCCCCCUUAAGUCUUAAAUCAUAAUUUCAUUUCAUUUCACAAAAGGCAUUUAUUUCAUGUAGAAGGUGAAUUUGUGUGUGCAUGAAAUGAUGCGUGUGAUUUCACUUCAACAUCAUAUCGAUCAGUCUGGUAAAGACUGAUCGAUAUGAUGUAAAACCCGGUAAAGUGAGUUUAGUUUUCUAACUGCUAAUUUGGGGGCAUGAUGUGCGACGAUUACGCGAAGUUCUUCCAAAGUUCCAACUUUCAAGUUACUUGACUUACUAACAGUUGUAAAAAAUUCAGAGUAACAUAAGAAGUAAACAUUUUUGGUCUUAUUUUUACAGAUUACGGUUUGAUGUAAUUAAUUCUUUAAAAAAAAACUUAGCUAGUUCUGUAGAAUUAGGCCCGAAAGUUCGGGUAGCGAAAAUUGUAUUAAGUAUUAUAAAAUCGAGCGUAGGCCUUACGGGUGACCGUCUAAUAAUAAUGUCUAGAAUCCCUGUUAAAAAUAAGCCUAAAAAGUAACAAUCUUCAUUUGGAUGACACCGCGACCACUCUCCCCCAAACUUUUUGUUUAUUUGCUAAAAAUAUAUUUUUAUAUGUA